AUGGCUGGCACAAGAAACUACGACUUUCUCAUCAAGCUCCUGCUGAUUGGCGACUCCGGCGUAGGAAAGUCAUGCUGUCUCCUGCGCUUCAGUGAAGACUCCUUCACGCCCUCCUUCAUCACCACCAUCGGCAUCGACUUCAAGAUAAGGACCAUCGAGCUCGAUGGCAAGCGCGUCAAGCUGCAGAUCUGGGACACAGCCGGCCAGGAGCGUUUCAGGACCAUCACCACGGCCUACUACCGCGGCGCCAUGGGCAUCCUGCUGGUCUACGAUGUCACCGACGAGAGGAGUUUCAACAACAUCCGCACCUGGUUCUCCAACGUCGAGCAGCACGCAACCGAAGGCGUCAACAAGAUCCUCAUUGGCAACAAGUGCGAUUGGGAAGAGAAGCGCGCCAUCAGCACAGAGCGUGGCCAGGCGCUUGCAGACGAACUCGGCAUUCCUUUCCUCGAGGUUUCGGCAAAGAGCAACAUCAACGUCGACCAGGCCUUCUACUCGCUCGCUUCCGACAUCAAGAAGAGACUCAUCGACAGCGCACGAUCGGACCAGGCCGCAGGGCCAUCCGUGAACGUUGGCGAUGCGGGGGGUGCGAAUGCUGGUAUGGGUGGAAAGUGCUGUUGA